GAUAAUAUUAUCCAUAUAACAGUCUGAGUUGAAUAUUGUAAACAAUACAUUCUAUGUGGUGUGUACUUAUUACGCGGGUUUCUGUGUGAUUAAGCCGGCAUCUAGACUAAAAUUUCUUAAAAGUAAAACGAUUGGGAAAAAUGUCUGGUGGUGUUAUUCUAGAAAAUUUGAGCGGCAGAAAGUUGUUCGUACUCGUUUUUUUAUUGCUUAUUUGCCAGCUAGCUUGUUUUCUUAUCGGUGGUCUCAUAGCUCCAACCCCGUCAGCAACUGAUAUGGUUUUGGCUUCAAAAUGUUUAAAAAUGUCUAACGAUAGCAACCAGUGGUUUUACAUUAGAGGUCAGGGAAAAUGUGACACAUUUGAUUUAGAACACUAUUCUUUAGAUGGUUUUAAAACAAAUCCUAUGGCUGAAAAUAUUGUUUUCACUUUUCAAAUUCCUACUCCACGUGAUGGUGUUAUUCUAGAUUAUUCACGUUGGCAACAAAAUCUUAUUGGUGUUUUAUAUUUUGAUAUUGUUUAUCAUCCAGGAACAGAAAUGGAUCGCAAUAUUGAACUAACUUUGGAAACCAGGCUUGGUUAUGCUAAUCAAGGAGAUAAAGAUGGUGAUUGGAAAGAAUAUGCUAUGUCUAUUGAAAAACGCAAUCUAGAUUGUAUAGCUGAAGAGAAAAUUGAAGAUCACAAUUAUCAAUGUUCAAUUGUUCCACUUUUUGAAUUAGGAUCAUUGCAUCAUGAUUAUUAUCUAAUAAACAUCAGGAUACCAGUUAAUGAACAAAAAAAAUUAAAUGUUGGCUUAGGUCAUUUAAAAGAUUUGUGGUUGGUUGUUAUAAAUCAAAAUGGAGGAUUUACUAGAGUUUGGCUCACUAUGAAAACAAUAUUUUUCCCAUUUAUUGUAGCAAUAAUGAUAUGGUUUUGGAAUAGAGUUCAUAUGCUUACCCGUAAACCAGUUUUACUUGAAAGAAUGUUGAUGACUAUAGGUUAUGCACUUACACUUUUAAACUUUCCAAUUGAAUUUCUGACUUUGUAUUAUGAUAUGCCUUUUAUGUUGUUGCUUCAAGAUAUUAGACAAGGUGUUUUUUAUGCUGCAUUACUUUCAUUUUGGCUCAUCUUUGCAGGAGAACAUCUUAUGAUUCAGGAUCCUCAGCAUAAACAUUUGCGUUCGUAUUGGAAACAUUUAAGUGCUGUUGCUGUUGGGUGUAUUUCACUUUUCGUUUUUGAUUUAUGUGAAAGAGGAGCACAACUUAAAAAUCCAUUUUAUUCUAUUUGGGUUACAAAAACUGGAACUAACUUAGCUUUAACUUUUAUAAUAUUAGCAGCAAUAUCGGGAGGUCUGUAUUUCAUAUUUUUAUGUUAUAUGAUAUGGAAAGUUUUUUGCAACAUAAGUGCUAAAAGAACAGCUUUACCUAGUAUGUCAAAUGCACGGAGAUUACAUUAUGAAGGAAGUAUUUAUAGAUUCAAAUUUUUGAUGAUUGCUACACUUCUGUGUGCUGCACUUACAGUAAUUGGAUUUAUUAUGGGACAGGCUUCUGAAGGACGAUGGAAGUGGAAUGAAAGUACAGAAUUAGAGUAUACAUCUGCUUUUUUCACUGGAGUGUAUGGUAUGUGGAAUAUUUACAUUUUUGCUCUUAUAGUGUUAUAUUCACCAUCUCAUAAGCAUUGGCCUUCAGAAAUUGAUGUAAAUAAUAGUUCAAGUGAUACAAUUGAAUUUAGUCGUCUUCCAACAGAGCCAACAGAAAUGUCAUCACUAGCAUCAUUUUCAAGAAAGUCAGCAUUGGAUUAAAAAUAUGAAACUAUUAUUCUUAAUUUUUUAAACUAUUAAAACUAUUCCAUGACACAUGAUAUAAAUUAAUUUAAUUAAUUUUAAUGUUUUACCUGUGAUAGACCAAAUACUAUUUGUGUUUUUUUUACCCAACAGUAUUAUUUUGUAUUUUUUGGUAAUUAAAAUUGAUUACUUAAUUAAAAGUUAGUUAAUAAAUAAUUCAUUAUUUCAAAAUUAUAAUUAUUGAUUAAAACUUAAUAUUUUAGAUAAUUUAUUUUUUGUACAUUGAAUGUAACAAUAUUUUAGUAAGUCUAAAAAUGCAUGUAGUGUUGACUAUUUUUUUGUAGCCAUUCAAUUUUUUGAAUUUAAAUAUUAAUAUUUUAUAAUAUUAUUGAUAAACUAUUUUUCCAAUCCUAAUUAUAUAAAAUACAGUAAUCUAACUUUUAUAGUAGCUAUUUAGGUUAGCAAACAAAAAUAAUUGGAUGACAUAUUUAAUUUUAAUUUUAGUUAAGAUCUCAAAUUGACUUAUUUCCUGUAUAAUAUAAAAAACAUGAAUAUUUAAUUGUGUAUAAAAUAAUGAUUUUUUUAAAAUACUUAAGCUUAAAAAUGUAUGUAAUAUGUAAAAAUUUUUAUUUUAAAUAUUAGCUAGCAUACUAAUAUUCUUAUAGAUUGUAUUUAUUAUAACGGUUGUUUCAUAUUGUUUUUUAGAUCUCAUUAAAAUGAAACAAAUUGUAUCAAUAAAAUUCAUUCAAUUCAUUUAGUUGUAUCUAUUACUGUAUUUUUUAAAAUUAUAUUUUAUAUCAUUACUUGUUUUUCAAAUUAAUAAAUGUGUUAUAAAUUAAAAAAGUACAAACUAUCAUAUAAUUUUUCUACAAUUAAGUUAAACUUCAUGAGAUCACUUAUUAGUUUUAAUUUAUAUGCUUAUAAAAAUGUAUUAGUUGCAUUUAAAUACCUAUAAUCUUUAUAGAACAUUGCAAUAUAUUUGCAUAAUAAAUACCUUAAAAUUAUAUUUAAUGGUUAAAAUAAAAAAAUGUUAAAUAUUAAUGUGGUAGCCUAUAUUUGUGUCUAUAUUUCUUAUUAUUGAUAGGAAAUGUUAAAUGUGUAAAAAAUUGAAACCGAGUAUUUGUGUAUUUAUUUAUUUUAUACUUUUAUUAGUAAUAUUUGAUGAACAACAUUAACAUUUUAUAUUAUUGGUGUUAAUAUACUUUUCUUUCAAAAUGUUA